AUGAUGAAUGAUUAUUUUACGCCUGGAACUGGUUAUACCGGAAGACAAUUCAAACAACGUCUAGGCAUGAGGGAAGACUUAUUCGAUAAAUUUUUAGGAAAAUUGCUUGAGGUUGAUCCAGAAUGGCAGCAACGUCCAGAUGCAACCGGUACUAUGGGGCAUUCUCUGCAUAUGAAAUUAGUUGUUGUGAUGAAAUGUUUAUGCAAAAGUACGCCAGCUGAUAGUGUUGAUGAUUACACUCGUAUGGGUGCAACUACAAUAUAUAUGUAUCUAAAAAGAUUUUGCCACACCAUUUGCAUGACUUUUGGAGAAAGAUAUUUGCGUGAACCCACUCCUGAAGAUGUUCAUAGGUUUCUACAAGAGAAUGCGGACCAAUGUUUUCCUGGAAUGCUUGGUAGUGUUGAUUGUAUGCAAUAG